GUGACGCUACGCUGUUGGCUGAGAGUCAGCUGAUCCGCUCGGGACAUUUCUUUUCUCCGUCACGAUUCUGUGCUCGGUAUGUUUUAAUGGUUUAGCAGCUAAAUUUCAUUUGGAAAAGACCAAGAAAGCAGGUGUUCUGUCUUAACUCCGUUUUACUCUGUGAGACGUUAGAAACACUCCAGCAGUCAUGGCGCUGAGCGACGCGGACGUGCAGAAGCAGAUUAAGCACAUGAUGGCUUUCAUUGAGCAGGAGGCCAAUGAAAAAGCGGAGGAAAUUGAUGCCAAGGCAGAAGAAGAGUUUAACAUUGAGAAGGGUCGUCUGGUGCAGACUCAGAGACUGAAGAUCAUGGAGUACUAUGAAAAGAAGGAGAAGCAGAUUGAGCAGCAGAAGAAAAUUCAAAUGUCCAAUCUGAUGAACCAGGCCAGACUGAAGGUUCUGAAGGCUCGUGAUGACAUGAUCUCGGACAUGCUAAACGAGGCCCGUCAGAGGCUGGCUAAUGUAGCCAGGGACCCGUCCAGGUACUCGGCCCUGAUGGACGGACUGGUCCUACAGGGUUUCUACCAGUUGCUUGAGCCCAAAGUAACCAUUCGUUGCCGCAAGCAGGACUUGGCCUUGGUGCAGGCUGCAGUGCAAAAAAACAUCCCAAUCUAUAAAGCAGCUGCGAAGAACAAUCUUGAAGUCCGCAUUGACCAAGACAGUUUCCUCUCUCCAGAAGUCUCGGGUGGUAUUGAGAUCUAUAACGCAGACGGAAAGAUCAAGGUGUCCAAUACUCUGGAGAGCAGACUUGACCUCAUAGCACAGCAGAUGAUGCCUGAAAUCCGAGUUGCCCUAUUUGGAGCAAAUCAGAACCGCAAAUUCAUGGAUUAAGCAUCUCUGUGAACCCAGGGGCACUGAGGACCACGACAGAAAGACAGUGUUUGUUUUUUUUUGUUUUGUUUUUCUUUUUUGCUUAGUCUGUCUAAGUAGCAUUUAACUUGAGAAAAGACCAUUUAUGUGUAUGUCUGUGCUGUAAUUUGUGAUAUACUAUUACUGUAAAAAAAAAAAAUCACAGUAAGUGAGGAUUGUGUCUUGAUUGGCUGCUAAAAGGUAUUUAUCAUCUCCUGUUCCUGUUGGCUGUGCCAUUCAGAGGCUAUGCUACAUAUGUUUACAAGUAAGUCUGAAUGGUUACUAGGACUAAAAUUCAGUCUUAAUCAUAUGCGAACAUUCUCUUAUUCAUUCAUUAUUUAAAAUAUUGCCUCCAAAUGUUUGUUUUUAUUUUACAGUCCACUCUUUCUCAUUGGAAAAGAGUCACACUCAAGGCAGUUGUAAACCCCUUGUAAUUUAACUUUUUAGUGGAUACCACUUUGUUAUUUCUGUCAUUCUUGUUGAAGAGCAUUUACUAUUAUAACUGAACCAAAUGCAUUUCUGUUGAACACUGAGAUUAUAUUGAUGUGGAAAUAAUAUAAGGAAAAAAGAACCAC